AUGGUAAAGUUCAAAAAGUACUUGAGUGACUGUUUUCACAUGAAAGAUUUGGGGAAGGCCAAGUACUUUCUUGGUAUAGAGAUCGCGAGAAGUCCUCAGGGAAUGUUUUUAUCACAGCGUAAGUAUGCGCUAGACAUCGUAGAUGAGGUUGGGAUGCUUGGGAGCAAACCGGCAACUACACCAAUGGAGAUGAACCAUCGGUUGCUUGCGGAUAAGAGUCCGUUGUGUGUUAAUCCUGUGAAGUUCAGGAGAGUAGUGGGUCGUCUGGUGUAUUUGACUAUAACGAGGCCGUAUUUGUCGUAUGCAGUUCACUUGCUGUCUCAGGUGAUGCAUGAGCCAAGAGAGGCACACUGGGAGGCAGUGAUGAGAGUUCUACGAUACUUGAAGGGGAGUCCAGGUCAAGGUAUUAUGCUGAGGUCUGACAGUGAUUUGAAGAUACGAGCAUACUGCGACUCUGAUUACAACUCAUGCCCGCUCACGAAAAGAUCAUCGUCAGCGUAUAUGGUGUUACUUGGCAACUCACCUGUCGCAUGGAAAACUAAGAAGCAAGACACAGUGUCACACUCGUCUGCAGAGGCCGAGUAUCGUGCUAUGUCAGAUGCAUUAAAAGAGCUGAAGUGGAUGAAGAGACUUCUGGAGGAUCUUGGAGUUAAGCAUGAGACACAGAUGGAGUUGUUUUGUGAUAGUAAAGCUGCCAUCUACAUCGCAGCGAAUCUUGUGUUCCAUGAACGGACGAAGCACAUAGAGAAAGACUGUCACAGUGUGAGAGACGCGGUAAAAGACAAGCUCAUCUCUACCGUUCAUGUUCAGACUAAUGAGCAACUCGCAGAUAUAUUGACAAAGGCUUUGGGAGCUUCACCAUUUCGUUGCUUGUUGUCCAAGUUUGGAGUGUGUGAUUUGCACGUUCCAACUUGA